UGUGGUAGUUUACAUUAGACAGACAACCUGCUGUCUUGAUCUGUGAGCGUCAACAAAAGGGAAGAGCAUGAAGACUUUUGUGUUUCUGUUUCCUCAGUUCAACUUCUCUGCCCCCAAGGAGGAAGCAUAUUUCAAAAUGCUCAGUGAGGACGAGCUGCUUGCCUGCAGAAUGAAAGAGACCCAUUUGAGGAAUAAGGAUAAGAAAAGUCGACUCAGUCUACUUCUGACAAAGUCUGGAUCACAUGAAAAUGUCAGUCCUGAGAAGAGGCCAUCAUCGAAAACUAUCCACAUAACACCGGACAUGGCUCUGAGAUGGAGUGAUUCAUUUGAGGAGAUGCUUAGUCACUCAGAUGGGGUAGAAAUCUUCACUCAGUUUCUGCGCACAGAGUUCAGUGAGGAGAACAUUGAGUUUUGGUUAGCCUGUGAAGACUUCAAGACCACCGAGUCUGCCACCAAACUGCUGUCGAAAGCCAAACAGAUAUAUGCAGUUUUCAUUGACAAGGAAGCCCCCAAAGAGAUCAACAUUGAUCACUCAACCAAGACUGCCAUUGAGAAGAACAUCCUUCAGCCCACCCACACCUGCUUUGAUGCAGCACAAGAUAAAAUCUACAGCUUGAUGAAAAGAGACUGCUAUCCACGAUUCCUCACCUCCAAUAUCUACUUGACGCUGACCAAGAGGAAAGGCCCAGUGACUAUGACCAGGAGAAGGUCUCGCUCCUUUGUUUUUAAUGAACGUGGUGAAGACACAGCUGCCUGGUUGUAGAUUUGGACUGCAGUAUAAGUUUUUGAUUAUAUAGGUUUUUAUUAUAUAUAUAUAUAUAUAUAUAUAUAUAUAUAUAUAUAUAUAUAUAUAUAUAUAUAUAUAUAUAUAUAGGGUUGGGGAGUAACGGAAAAAAAAAAAAAAAAAAAAAAAAAAUAUAUAGGGUUGGGGAGUAACGGAAUACAUGUAACGGGAUUACGUAUUUAAAAUACAAAAUAUAAGUAACUGUAUUCCACUACAGUUACAAUUUAAAUCAUUGGUAAAUAGAAUACAGUUACAUUCAAAAAGUAUUUUGAUUACUGAAGAGAUUACUUUGCAUUUUAUUGUCAUUUUUUUUCAUUUAAUAUUUAGUCCUUUCAGAUGGAAAACAUUUAUACAUAUAAAUUAUGCAAUCCAAAGUGCAUUUGAACAGCGGUGAAACACUUUCUUAUGAUGUGUUACAUUCAUAUGAGCAGACAGAGAAGUAAGUUUGAAGUAAGUUUGAAGCAGAAGAAAUAGAAAUAAACCUUGUGUAAAUUGUCAGCUAAGAUGCUAUUUCUAGCCAUUUUACAUGCACAUGUUACCAGGCACUAUGAUCUUUUUUUUUCAAGAAAUUUAUCAAGAAAAUUCACGUUGGAUCAUAAUUUCUCUUUUUCUAGUAAGACCUUUGAUAUUAGGGCAAAAAUCUUAUUCUUGAUAAUAAUUUUUUUAUUGUUUUCCUGUAAAAAUAUCUAAAAAUCCUUAAAACAAGAUCAGUUAGAUUCAUCUUGUUUUAGAAACAACACUGCAUAAGAUAUUUAGGUUUUUCAGAGAAUGUAGUUUUAACGUGUAUUUUGUCUUACUGUAUUGGCUGAGUUUUUAUAGUCAAAACAAGUGAAAAAAUCUACCAGUGCUGAAGAAGUAAUCCAAAGUAUUUAGAAUACGUUACUGACCUUGAGUAAUCUAAAUGAAUACGUUACAAAUUACAUUUUACAGCAUGUAUUCUGUAAUCUGUAAUGGAAUACAUUUCAGAUGUAACCCUCCCAACCCUGUAUGUAUAUAUAUAUAUAUAUAUAUAUAUAUAUAUAUAUAUAUAUAUAUAUAUAUAUAUAUAUUGUCAAUAGCACUUGAUCAUGUGACAUACAUCUCUUAGCUAUUUAUUAACAUUACUUACUGUAGGCUUGUGAAUAAAUACUAAUAAUUAAUUUACAUAUGGAUCUUCUUAUGAAGGAUUUAAUGCCAAACUAAUUUAAUCUUCAUGUUUAGAAUGCCUAAAAAUUGUAAAUUGUACAUAUUUGUUUUAUGAUAAAGGUCUGCAUUAUAUAAACUGUACAUAUUAGUUUUAAGUAUAGGCACACAGCAUCACUCUCAGAGACAAUAAAGAGUGUAAAGAUCUUGAAUUCAAAAAUAAACCUGAAACAUGUUUUAAAA